AUGGGAGAAACCGGUAUCAAUGUUCCUUACCCGGGAAACUUAAACCCUACGGCUCAAGAGUUUACCCCAACGAAACCCAUUCCCCUCUCCGUCGCCGUCGGAGUUCCCUAUCCCUACCCUCACUUCGCCGUCACACCUCCGCCGCAUCUCUCCACCUUACCCACCCGCUCCGUUCUCCUCAGUCCAGUCCCCCCCACUACUGAAUCCGACCUCCGGAAAGAUCUCCAGGCCUUCGGUGAUGUCAGAGCUAUCCAAACGGAUUCCUUCCGUUACGGAAUCGUAACCGCUCAUUUCUACGACCUGAGACAUGCACAGGCGGCGUUCACCGCUAUUCGUACUCACCACGUCCACUGCGUUUCGUUCUUUAAUCCCCUGUCUCAGCCCCAAUUUCAUCCCCCUCCACCGCCUCCUCCGCCAGGCCUCGUCGCCGGUGUACCUCUCUGGGCCCACUACGUCUUUUCCGAUAUUCAGAAUCAAGGAUCCCUUGUCGUUUUCAACUUAGACGACGACGUUUCCCCUGACCAACUACGACAAAUUUUUGACCCUUUUGGAGCCAUAAAGGAAGUGAGGGAAAUUCCAGGGAAGAAAAAGAGUCAAAGAUUCGUGGAGUUUUUCGACAUAAGAGAUGCUGGCAAAGCUUUGAAAGAAUUGAAUGGAAAACAAAUAGGAGGAAAAUCAAUUGUUAUUGAGUUUAGUAGUGGCUAUGGAAGAAGAUUCUUCCCUUCAACUAAUCCUAAUUCCUAUAUAUCCAAUAAGCCAUUUCAUUUCAACUUUCCUCCUCCACCUCCACCACCUCCCUCGCCGCAACGACGUUUUGGUCCACCGCAAUUCUCUCACAAGAAUGUUAGGACUGGUUCAAUGAGUUCAAAUAGUUUGAAUGGGGAUGAAAACUACCAUUAUUCCCCGAGGAGGAAUUUCGGUAGGGAAUUCAUUGGGGAAAAACCAUGGAAUUGGAAAGGGAAGCAACCUUAUAAGAACGAGACUCGUUAUAUAAUCAAAGAAGAUGCCAUUGUUGAAUCCGAUUCUAGAACAACUCUCAUGAUCAAAAACAUACCCAACAAAUACAGUCAGAAGCUACUCUUGAACAUGUUGGACAACCACUGUAUACGCUGCAACGAUCAGAUAGGCGACGGCGAUGAUAAGCCUCUAUCUUCCUAUGACUUCGUAUACCUUCCUAUUGAUUUCAAGAACAAGUGCAACGUGGGAUACGGGUUCGUGAAUAUGACAUCUCCGGAGGCUACUCUAAGGUUCUACAAGGCCUUCCAGCAUCAACGUUGGGAGGUUUUUAACUCUAGAAAAGUCUGCCACCUUACCUACGCCAGAGUUCAGGGUUUGGAAGCUUUGAAAGAGCAUUUUAAGAACUCAAAGUUCCCGUGUGAGAUGGAGCAUUACCUGCCGGUGGUAUUUUCGCCGCCUCGAGAUGGGAAGCAGUUAACGAAGCCAUUUCCGGUAGUGGGGAGCUUGGUGCGAGUGGGUGCUGUAGAUGAUAAGAUGGAGGGUCGAGAUCAUAGGGUAGUAGCAGGUAGUAGUAGUGGUGGUGAUGACAGAGUCAGCUGCAAAAGUGGCGGUGUAGUUGGCGGUGAUGAUGAUGAUAAAUCAGAUGUGAAGUGA